AUGGCAACGGCAAAGACCAACGGCGCGAAGCCGCACACAAAUGGCACCGUUCCUGUCUUGAACGGCUCAACAUCAUAUGCAGCCAAACAUCAGCUCGCAGACCACUUCAUUGGUGGCAACAAGCUGGAGAAUGCGCCGGCAGGUCCUGUCAAGGAUUUUGUCGCGAACCACGAUGGUCACACUGUCAUCACAAACGUCCUGAUUGCAAAUAACGGAAUCGCAGCAGUAAAGGAGAUUCGAUCAGUACGAAAAUGGGCCUACGAGACUUUUGGCGACGAGCGGGCUAUCCAAUUUACGGUCAUGGCUACACCUGAAGAUUUGACGGCAAAUGCAGACUAUAUCCGAAUGGCUGAUCAAUAUGUUGAGGUCCCGGGAGGAACGAACAACAACAAUUAUGCCAACGUGGAAUUGAUUGUAGAUGUUGCUGAGCGUAUGGACGUACAUGCUGUUUGGGCAGGAUGGGGUCAUGCCUCAGAAAAUCCAAAACUACCAGAAUCCUUAGCAGCUUCGCCGAAAAAGAUCGUGUUUAUUGGACCUCCUGGCUCAGCUAUGCGAUCGCUUGGAGACAAGAUUUCAUCUACGAUUGUGGCACAGCACGCAAAGGUUCCCUGCAUACCUUGGUCAGGAACUGGAGUUGACAAAGUGGAUGUCAAUGAUGAUGGCAUUGUGACGGUUGAUGACGAGGUCUACAUGAAAGGCUGCGUUCAGUCAUGGCAAGAAGGUCUUGAGAAAGCGAACAAAAUUGGCUUCCCAGUUAUGAUUAAAGCUUCAGAGGGUGGUGGUGGAAAAGGUAUACGAAAAGCCGAUUCUGAAGAGGGUUUCGAAGCCCUCUACAAAGCAGCUGCCAGCGAAAUUCCUGGAUCCCCCAUCUUCAUUAUGAAGCUUGCAGGAAACGCACGACAUUUGGAGGUUCAACUGCUAGCGGAUGAGUAUGGAAACAACAUUUCUCUGUUCGGCAGAGAUUGUUCCGUUCAGCGAAGACAUCAAAAGAUUAUCGAGGAGGCUCCAGUCACAAUUGCGAAACCAGCAACAUUUCAAGCAAUGGAGAAGGCUGCAGUUCGUCUCGGUCGUCUUGUAGGCUACGUUUCAGCUGGUACCGUUGAAUACCUAUAUUCUCACUCAGACGACAAGUUCUACUUUUUAGAACUGAAUCCUAGAUUGCAAGUUGAGCAUCCGACAACUGAGAUGGUCAGUGGUGUAAAUUUGCCUGCUGCCCAACUUCAAAUUGCGAUGGGUCUGCCGUUACACCGGAUUCGCGAUAUUAGAUUACUCUACGGAGCGGACCCUUCAACUGCUAGCGAGAUCGACUUCGAUUUCUCGAAAGAGAACAGCUCUCAAACGCAAAGACGACCAGCUCCAAAAGGCCACACAACAGCUUGCCGUAUCACUUCCGAAGAUCCAGGAGAAGGCUUCAAGCCUUCGAGUGGUAUGAUGCACGAGCUGAACUUUAGGAGUAGUUCCAAUGUAUGGGGUUAUUUCUCUGUAGGCACGGCUGGUGGUAUCCACAGCUUCUCAGACAGUCAAUUUGGUCACAUUUUCGCUUAUGGCGAGAAUCGAUCAGCGUCGCGAAAGCAUAUGGUUGUGGCUUUGAAGGAAUUGAGUAUUCGCGGUGAUUUCAGAACCACCGUUGAGUACCUGAUCAAGCUGUUGGAGACCCCUGCAUUCGAGGGCAACACAAUUACGACUGGAUGGCUUGAUGAGUUGAUCUCCAACAAGUUGACUGCAGAGCGACCAGACCCAGUGUUGGCCGUUGUUUGCGGCGCUGUUUGCAAGGCGCACAUCGCAAGUGAGGCAUGCAUCUCCGAGUACCAAAAUAGCUUAGAAAAGGGGCAAGUUCCUGCUAAGGAUAUCCUCAAAACUGUCUUCCCGAUCGAUUUCAUCUAUGACGGCCAUCGGUACAAAUUCACCGCGACUCGAUCCAGUCUGGACAGCUAUCACCUGUUCAUAAACGGCUCAAAAUGCUCGGUCGGCGUUCGCGCUCUUAGCGACGGUGGUCUCCUUGUUCUUCUCGGCGGCCGAAGUCACAAUGUUUACUGGAAGGAGGAAGUUGGUGCUACUCGCUUGAGUGUCGACAGCAAAACCUGCUUACUCGAGCAAGAGAAUGACCCAACUCAACUCCGAACUCCAUCGCCCGGAAAGUUGGUCAAAUUCACAGUAGACAAUGGAUCCCAUAUCAAGGCUGGCCAACCUUUCGCCGAAGUCGAAGUCAUGAAGAUGUACAUGCCUCUUCUUGCCCAAGAGGAUGGGAUUGUACAACUCAUUAAACAGCCGGGAGCCACUCUUGAGGCCGGUGAUAUUCUGGGUAUACUUGCUUUAGAUGACCCAUCUAGAGUCAAAAAUGCUCAACAAUUCAUUGGUCAUCUCCCAGAUCUUGGACCACCACAAGUUGUGGGCACGAAACCGGCUCAACGUUUUGUUCUUCUUCACAACAUUCUCAAGAAUAUUCUCGAUGGUUUCGAUAACCAGGUCAUUAUGGCUUCAACUCUCAGCGAAUUGAUUGAUGUUCUCCGCGACACAGAGUUGCCAUAUGGAGAAUGGAACGCUCAAUUCUCUGCCCUUCACGCACGAAUGCCCCAGCGCCUAGAUGCAAUCUUCACGCAGAUUGUGGAUCGUGCCAAGUCUCGUAAGGGGGACUUUCCUGCCAAAAACCUUAAUAAGGCGCUUGUAAAAUUCCUAGAGGAGAACGUCGAGCCAUCAGAUGUCGAUCUUCUUAAAGCUGCACUUGCGCCUUUGAUAGAGGUUCUCGAUCGAUAUGCCGAGGGCCAGAAAGUCCACGAGUUUGAUGUUUUCUCUGGUCUUCUUACCCAGUAUGCUUCAGUCGAGAAACUGUUCUCGGGACGAUCUUCUCGCGAUGAAGAAGUGAUCCUCAAGCUCAGAGAUGAAAACAAGGAUGAUAUUCUCAAGGUCAUUCAAACGGUGCUUUCCCACAGCAAGAUUGGUGCAAAGAACAAUUUGGUCCUGGCUAUUCUCGAGGAGUACAAACCAAACAAGCCAAAUUCCGGCAAUGUUGCAAAAUACUUCCGCCCUGCACUGAAGAUGCUCACCGAGUUGGAGUCACGACAAUCAGCCAAGGUCUCUUUGAAAGCGCGUGAGGUCCUCAUCCAAUGUGCUAUGCCAUCUCUAGAAGAGCGUUCAGCUCAAAUGGAACACAUCCUCCGUUCUUCAGUUGUCGAAUCGCGAUAUGGUGAGACCGGAUGGGAGCAUCGGGAACCAGAUCUCGACAUUCUCAAGGAAGUUGUUGACUCCAAAUACACCGUCUUUGAUGUCCUUCCAGUCUUCUUCGGACAUCAGGACCCUUGGGUGUCCCUUGCCGCUCUCGAAGUUUACAUCCGCCGAGCAUACCGUGCUUAUUCUCUUAAGAAGAUUGAAUAUCACAACGACUCCACUGAACCGCCAUUCAUCGUAUCAUGGGACUUCGUCCUCCGCAAGGUUGGCGUGUCAGAAUUCGGCAUGCCUAUACAGUCUUCUGCUCCAUCUACACCAGCGACUCCUUCAUAUGAAAGUGGCAACCCAUUCAAGAGGGUGAGCUCCAUCAGCGACAUGACUUACCUGGUCAACAAAGCCGACCAUGAGCCUACCAGAAAGGGUGUCAUUGUUCCAGUCCAAUAUUUGGAUGAGGCCGAGGAGUAUUUGAUGCGAGCUCUUGAGGUCUUCCCCGUUGCAGGAUCCAAGAAAGCUACUCCGUCAAACGGUCUAAUGCCAGACUUAGGAGGGAAGCGGAAGACACCAGUUCCCAAAGUCUACAGCGACGACGAACUAACUGCUGUCGUCAAUGUCGCCGUUCGUGAUGCUGAAGGUGUUGAUGAUGCCGAAACUGUGGCCAGAAUCAAGCUCAUUGUGAACGAUUACAAGGAGGAACUCCUAGCCCGUCGCAUUCGCCGCAUCACAUUCAUCUGUGGUCACAAGGACGGGUCAUACCCUGGCUACUACACUUUCCGAGGCCCCGAGUACGAAGAAGACCAAAGUAUCCGUAACAGCGAACCUGCUCUUUCCUUCCAGCUUGAGCUUGGAAGACUCUCCAAAUUCAGGACGAAGCCUGUGUUCACUGAGAACCGGAAUAUCCACAUUUACGAGGCUGUUGGCAAGGAAACCGAAAGUGACAAGAGAUAUUUCACACGUGCUGUCGUUCGUCCAGGACGGCUACGUGACGAGAUCCCAACUGUCGAGUACCUUAUAUCAGAGUCAGACAGACUAAUGAACGACAUUCUGGAUGCCCUGGAGAUUAUUGGUAACAACAAUUCUGAUCUCAACCACAUCUUCAUCAAUUUCUCCCCCGUCUUCCCUCUUCAACCCCCUGAAGUGGAGAAGGCACUGGGUGGGUUCUUGGAGCGCUUCGGACGCCGCCUUUGGCGCCUACGUGUGACUGGCGCCGAGAUUCGUAUUGUCUGCACCGAUGCCCAAACUGGCAUGCCGUACCCACUUCGUGUUGUCAUCACGAACACCUCAGGAUAUGUUAUUCAAGUAGAGAUGUAUGUUGAACGGAAAUCCGAGAAGGGAGGCGAGUGGGUUUUCCAAAGCAUUGGCGGCACAACCAAGAUUGGCUCGAUGCACUUGAGACCUGUCAGCACACCAUAUCCAACAAAGGAGUGGCUGCAACCGAAGCGAUACAAGGCUCAUCUUAUGGGAACUCAGUACGUAUACGACUUCCCAGAGCUUUUCAGACAAGCGGUACAGAAUAGUUGGGCCAAGGCUGUGAGCAAGCAUCCAUCUCUGGCUGAUAAACAACCUCCUAUUGGCGAAUGCACGGAUUGUAGCGAGCUGGUUCUGGACGAUCAGGACAAUAUCGCUGAAGUCUUCCGUGAGCCUGGUACCAACACUCAUGGCAUGGUCGGUUGGAUCGUUACUGCAAGAACACCAGAGUAUCCUCGUGGCCGAAAGUUCGUCAUUGUCGCCAACGAUAUCACAUUCAAGAUUGGUAGUUUCGGACCUAAGGAAGAUCAAUUCUUUCACAAGUGCACGGAACUCGCAAGAAAGCACGGAAUCCCUCGUAUAUACCUGUCUGCCAACUCAGGUGCUCGUAUUGGUAUGGCGGAUGAGCUUAUUCCUCACUUUAGUGUGGCAUGGAAUGACCCUAACAGGCAAGAGGCUGGUUUCAAGUAUCUUUACUUGACUGCUGAGGCUAAAGCUCGUUUUGAGGACGGCAAGGCGAAAGAUGUCAUUACUGAGCAGAUCACUGAAGAUGGCGAGACGCGACACAAGAUCACCGCCAUCAUCGGUGCCGAAGAUGGCCUGGGUGUUGAGUGUCUGAAGGGCUCAGGUUUGAUCGCAGGUGCUACCAGCAGAGCCUACGAGGAUAUCUUCACAAUCACUUUGGUCACUUGCCGCUCUGUCGGUAUUGGUGCCUACCUGGUUCGUCUUGGCCAACGUGCGAUUCAGAUCGAAGGUCAACCAAUCAUCCUGACUGGUGCUCCUGCCCUGAAUAAGCUGCUUGGUCGUGAAGUCUAUACAUCCAAUCUGCAACUUGGUGGCACUCAAAUCAUGUAUAGAAAUGGUGUCUCUCACAUGACCGCCAACGAUGAUUUUGAAGGUGUUUCAAAGAUCAUUGAGUGGUUGGCGUAUGUGCCAGAUAAGCGCAACAACCCACUUCCAAUUGGACCCGCAAUCGAUUCUUGGGACCGAGACAUUGUAUACAUGCCACCACCCAAGGCACCAUACGACGUAAGGAAUCUCAUUGCUGGUAAGGACGAUGACGAAGGAUUCAUGUCUGGUCUUUUUGAUAAGGACUCAUUCGUUGAAUCAUUGGGCGGCUGGGCAAAGACUGUUGUCGUAGGUCGUGCUCGUCUAGGUGGUAUCCCAAUGGGUGUGAUUGCCGUCGAGACUCGAUCAGUGGAGAACAUCACCCCUGCUGAUCCAGCCAACCCAGACUCGACGGAACAGAUUUCCAACGAGGCUGGUGGUGUCUGGUACCCCAACUCGGCUUUCAAGACUGCGCAAGCUAUCAAGGACUUCAACAAUGGUGAGCAACUGCCAUUGAUGAUCUUGGCAAACUGGAGAGGUUUCUCUGGUGGGCAGCGCGAUAUGUACAACGAGGUUCUCAAAUACGGAUCCUACAUUGUCGACGCUCUCUGCAAGUACGAGCAGCCAGUCUUCGUCUACAUCCCACCUUUCGGAGAAUUGCGCGGUGGUUCAUGGGUCGUUGUCGACCCAACCAUCAACCCAGAUUAUAUGGAAAUGUACGCCGAUGAAGAAUCCCGUGGCGGCGUCUUGGAACCCGAAGGAAUAGUAAACAUCAAAUACCGUCGUGAAAAGCAACUCGAAACCAUGUCCCGCCUAGACCCUGAAUACGGAGCCCUUCGCAAACAACUUGCCGACAAGACCCUCACCCCAAACCAAAUGUCAGCCAUUAAGAUGAAAGUCACACAACGCGAACACCUUCUCUUGCCAGUUUACAUGCAAAUCUCACUGCAGUUCGCAGACCUUCACGACCGAGCUGGCCGUAUGAAGGCCAAGGGUGUUAUCCGACAGAGUCUGCAGUGGCGCGAGGCGAGACGUUUCUUUUACUGGCGCGUACGCCGCCGUGUCAAUGAGGAGUAUAUCAUGAAACGCAUGUCUUUAUCUUCUAAGAACCCACUUGCUUCCCGGGCCCGCCAUAUGGACACGCUGGCUGCUUGGACCGGCAUUCCAAACUUCUUGAAUGCGGAUCGCGAGGUUGCCAUGUGGUAUGAGGAGAAUCGGAAGGUGGUUCAUGAGAAGGUGGAGGCGCUCAAGACGGAGGGCGUUGCGUUUGAUGUUGCUGCUCUGUUGAGAGGGAACAGCAAGGGUGGCUUGAAGGGCGUGCAGCAGGUGCUUAGCAUGUUGCCUGCUGAGGAGCGGGAGGCGGCAUUGAAAUUCUUGAGCUCUACGUAG